AUGUGGGCGUCACGCUUACGAUCACGCAGUCAAAAAUCCUCCCGCUACCUUCCAGUGGUUGGCUCGUCAUCCACAUCGUCGUCCAGAUCCUCGUCUCUCGGCAGCUCCAGAAACCUGAAAAAUAAAAAGAACCGCGGCAAUGCAGGCCUCCUCAGCACUAAACGACGCUCAACUAUGAAUAGUCGUGAUGCCGCCUACGACGAAGAACAGUUACGAAGAGCGAUCGAGGAGAGCAAGGAAGAUUCCAAAUCAGUCGCUGAUGACCUUGGAAGCCGUAGAGGCAAGCGAAGUAGAAGCGAUAGUGAAGCGAAUAAACACGCUGCAAAACGACAACGCACCGGAUCUCCUUCCUCUUCUCUUUCAAAGCGUAGCAACUCUGCAUCUCACCCGCCGUCAGAUGAUGAAAACAAAUCCAACUCCAACGUUUCUCAGGAAGGCAAUGGAAAUAAAAAGACCAGAGGAGUGGUUCGAAACCAGCGAGAGAGGGAAGCUCAAACAACAGAUAAAGACCCAGAAAAGGAAAUAAAUGAUGUAGUCAGCCGACGGAAGAAUCGCUCAGAACGCCGGAAAGAUGACGAAGAACCCACCGAGACAGUUUCCCCAACGAAGACCAGCUCGAUUCCUCCAACUAUCAGCCAAUCCACACCUGACGCUCCCAGUCUCGUAAACGAGCCCUCCAAUACGAAAUCUUCCACGCGAAAAACCGGUCGCCCACCAGCCCGCCGUGGUCGAUUAGGUCGAAAUCAAUAUACCCGAGACCGCGACUCAGUAAACGGUGACAUCAGUGGUGGUGGCAUCCACUCUCCCCGUCGGGGCCAAUCUGGAGACACCGGAACCGGUGAAUCACCUACAGGUGUCCACCUUGGGGUAAACGGUGUCUACCUCAACGGUGGGGAAUCCGGCAAACCUAGUAAACCACGAUAUAUGAACCCGCAACGCACCACAAUGAACGAAAUGAAGAGGCGUGUCGCUGCCAUUCUCGAAUUCAUAUCUCAAUUACAGCUCGAUUUGGCUUCUAAUCCAGAACAUAUCAGUGGAACUGGCGGUGCCCCAGUUUCUGGAGGGAAGGAAGAAGCUGGAACUCAUAUAACUAACGGUGACUAUCAUGGCGAUGAAGCUACGAAUUAUGUGGUAGAAAAGAUAGAGGCAAACGGGAUUACUCAGCCCAAGGAAAAGGAGUUCAAGGACCUAACGAGCCUCGAAAUGAUGGAUGCCCUGACGCGGAAUCUAGUCAAAUGGCAACAGAAGUUUGGGAAAUAUGGAGAGAAGUGA